AUGGAAAGGGGACAUGAGCCGAUCAGGAGAGGGGUCAGCUGGACCGAAGGUGGUGCCAUGACCAGUGAUGCAACAAUCUCAGACAGGACUAGUCCUCAUUCCUGGGAGAAAGAAAAGCAUGGCUGGGUCGAAGCAAAGCCGUUACUGAUCUCCACUGCCAGCCGCCCACCUCAGAAAACAAAUCUUGGCCGAAGCGCCAGUCUGUCGGAGAAAGAGCUGAAGGAGGCGCAGACGCGAAGUCAGAUCAUUGCAGCGCAACUGACCGUGCCAUCCAAUCCCAACUCUAAAGGCGUCCAGCUUUUCAACCGCCGCAGACAGAGAGUAAACGCCUUUACGCUCGUAAGCGUUGCCGGAGGACAAGAAGGAGGCCAGCAGUCGUCCCAGAAUGAACCCGAUUCACCUUCAGGUGCAUUAACAUGGAACAGGAAGUGUUCAACUGACAGCCAGUUUGGAGACUUGGAGCACUGUAAAAACGAUACGCAAACCUUGCAGCCAUCUGACGCAACGCACGACUGUGGACAUAACAUGGAUGAGGCUGAGGACGUUAAACACAAAGUGGAAAAUGUGCCAAACAAUGUACAAGAGAGACAUUUUCUCCCUGUGAAUGAGAAAGAUGAGGAAAUCACUGAGGAGCAAGAAGAGGCAGGAAAAGAUAAGAUUACUGGCGGUGAUGACAAUUUUGCUGUUUCUGUUCCUAACCAAGCAGAACAAGAGGAACUGGAGCCUAAUGGGGUGUAUGAGGGCUCUAAAGCUAGCCCAAAUAUAUGCCACAGCACUGGAUAUAAUGGAAAAGAAGGAACGCCAGCAUCGAAGCAGUCAACCAUCACAAACAGAACAGCUAGGCCCUUUUUCUCCUCUGCUGUGGUAAAUUCAGCUGGAGCUAGCAAUUCCACUCCGGAUAUCCCUCCCGCCCCCUCCUAUUCCACUCCUCCCCUGCCAGUUCAGUAUGAAUCACAUUCUAGUACAUAUUCUGAAUUGCAACUCUCAACUCCUAUGGAGCCACAUGUUGCAGUGUCUUCCAGACGAGUGUUCUCCCCUCCACCUCCUGCUCCCUUAUACCCGACCCCUCCUCUCCCCACCUCCGUGAGUCUACCUUCAUCUGUUCCAACUGAUCCUCACCCACCUACAGCCAUGUCUCCCCCACCAACUCCUACCUACUGUGCAUCCCCAGCUGCUCCUCAUCUCAACUGCGUCCCUCAGCUCCUGACCGAAAGGAGGUCAGAGACACCCAUACGCACAGGCCUACUGGAUGAAGGUCGGGUUCGGAGGACGAGCCGCAAGUCUAUGUUCACAUUUCAAGAGAAACCAAAGGUGUCCCCUAACCCCGACCUUCUGUCUCUGGUUCGAAGAACUGAUGACCUGCGUAAAGGUAGGAGCCAGGCGGAGCUACAUCAGGAGGAGGAGCAGAUGGCCCUCGGUGCGGAGGCCUCCAACUUUCAAGCCAAGGAUGACAAGGAUGAGAGCACUGUGGAAGAGGUUAAGGUUCCAGUGUGGGCCUCAACCCUAAAAUGUUCUUAUACUCAGAAAAAAGUAGAGCACAAACCUGAGCAAGCCCUGACCCAUGCAUCUGGUAAGGGGGCAGAUCUGUUUGCCAAGCGCCAGUCCAGAAUGGAGAGGUAUGUUCACGACAGUGCAGACAGACGAAGAUCUCCUUCUCCGACCAUGUCUUUGCCUCCUUCGUGGGAGUAUCCAUCAAACAUGCCUGGCCGAGUCAAGGCAAUUAUUAAUGCCUCCAACGUCAGUACAGAGAUUUCAAAGACUCUGGAAGCCCAGCACGCUACUCAAAAGAGGAGCUUUCAGGCACAUGUACCAGCUCCAGUUCCAGUCCAGGAGAAUCCGGUGUUGGAAAAUGGCUGCAGCCGAGUGGAGAUGGAGUUGUCUCGACACCAGCCUUACCAAAUCAGCUCCUCACUGUUUAUUCUAAACCCAACCAAGGAUCCCCUAAGCACCCUUCCCAAAGGGGCACCCCCUCCCAAACCUGUACUAAUGAAAUCCGCCUUUUCCGGACAGUCCUCUCUUCCGACUCAGUACAACUCUUCAGAUGCUUACAGGUCAGCCCAUUGCUUUUCCCCUCCCAUGAUGCCUCUCCGAUCAGCAAGCAGUGACAUUACCACAUCUGUGUCAAGCUUAGCUUCUGAACGUGUGAUUUCACCACGGUCGGGGGUCCAGGCACCAAAACCCACUUUUUCUGCCAAGAAGGCUGGAAUUACCCCACAGGUUAUGAAAGAGUCUCCAGCUGCAGCCCCUUGCAACAGUUCCGGCACCCAAAUGUCCAGAACAUCCAGCCUGUUCCGCAGACUCAGCAGCACUGACAAGCCUCCAAGUGGUGUGUGGAGCUCUCAGAGCCCCCGAAGUUCUCUAUUCACCUCCCCACCACCAAGAAGCAUCCAUAACCCAAUCAUUUCCUCCCCAACCCCAAGACCCAUCAGUCACUCUGUACCCUCUUCACCGCCCCCAAGCCGAAUCCAGAACUCCACCUCUGCCCCAACCUCAAGACCAUUCGCUUACUCAAACAUUUCCUCCUCAACCAGUCCUUCUAUCCAAAACUUUACCUGCACCUCCCCGACACCGAAACCCUUCCAGAACCGAGUCACAUCCUCCCCUACAUCUCGGUCAAUCCAAAACUCCAUCAGAUCUUCUCAAAGACCAUUCCAAAGUCCUGGUUCCACAACCAUCAGUAACCACACAGCCACCACCCCUGUAUCACCACCUUGGGAAUCCAGUUGCAAAUCUCCCUCCCCCCAGGACACCAAGGCCAACCACCGCCUUCUAGCCAAGAACAUCAUCAAUGCUGCCAAGCGGAAGAACAGCCCCUCUCCUGGAGCUCUGAGUGGCCAUAAUUUUCCCAUUUCCCCAGUGAGCAACAGCUUCUUGCCCUUUGAGACCAAAACUACUAGCCCCUUUCAGUCUCGCUCACUAAGUGCUCAGUCACCCACUUUCACAAGCCCCCCAGCCACCCCAACACGGACGGUCCGUUCCCCACUUCGCCUCUACACCACACGCUCGCUUACCGAUGGUUCAGAUGCUUCACUCGAGUCAGAAGACUCUGGAGUGCGCUCACCAGGGUUGCGCAGCUACAACACCUGUCCACGUGGCUGGACCGGGAGCUUGAGGCUCAAGAGAAUCGGAGUGUCUGAAGACCUUUAGAAUGGAGGGAUCAUGGAGAUUGGAAAUGUGCCUACAGUCUGGAACAAACAGAGAGAAAAACAGCGCUUUUCACUAGAGAUAUGCAGUACUUGUCUCUAGCACUCUGAUCUAUUAUUUGCCGCACUUGAUCUGGCUACACCAGUUUUUAAUCUUAUAAAGGUAUAAUUAUCACACAUAUGUACAAAAUUGAACAUUUACAACAUUUGGAAGAUGCUUGUUUUUUUUUUUUUAUCCAAACCUCUUUGAAUCCUCUACAUACCUUGUAAACGCUAAGCUGAUCUGGUUUGAAAAUGAGGAUUGAAAAUGGAGGAUUUUAUUCUUGGGAUCUCAGAGAAUUGACCAAAGAAUGCACUGGGGAUUAUGGAGAAUUGACCAUAGCAUACGCUACACCCCAGCAAUCAGAAAUUGGACUACAUGUUUGAGGAAAAAGAACUGAUUACAAUCCAGGGAUUGUAGAACAUAAGAAUAAGAGUAAGAGUUUGGACUGCACUGUAGGAUCGUAUGAAAUGGACCAGAGAAUGGAUAUAAGAAUGGACUACAUUCCAAGGAUCUCGUAACAUGAUUGGAUGAGUAUGCAUCGCCAGCUAAGGAAAAGAGAAUGGACUUUAAUUUAGAUUUAGGGAUAAACAGAUGAGUGGAACAGUAGAUGACAAUAUGGGAAUGAUAGAAAAUAGACAUGAGAACUGAAUUACAUCUGCACAUCACAGAAAUUGGAAUAAAGAAUGGUUGACAGUC